UAGCUCCGCCCUCGAUUACUCAGCCUGGUCGACGUGCUGUUGUUGCUGCAGGCAGAAGCGUCCUACUCGGAGCGGAGGGAGACUGGAGGAGCUCAGAUUAGUGUUGUUGUAGCGGAAAAUACCGUCGCUGCAGUUUCACAAGCUGCAACCUCUGGAUUUAAAAAAAACAACAACAAAAAAACACCUCCGUUUCCUCAGGUUUGACCGAGAGCAAGGACCGCGCAGAGAGGGAUAUAAACGGGAUGUUUUUUUCUCCCACUGCGAGAAGUUUGUACGCGGAGUUUGUUUGAAGAGUAGCCUGACGUUAGUUGCGGUGUGGGCUGACUGAGCUAGCCUGGCUGCCCGCUGCGCUUCCCUCCUGCCCCGGCCAGCCAGCCACAAGUUAGCCCGCUGUCUUCUUCCAGCUGUUGGUGAACCAUGGCGCUCAGAGCCAGGGCGCUGUACGACUUCAACUCUGAAAACCCCGGGGAGGUGUCGGUGAGGGAGAACGAAGUCCUAACUUUGUACAGCGAACAGGACAUUGAUGGCUGGUUUGAGGGGACGAAUAGCAAAGGGGAGAGGGGACUGUUCCCCGCUUCCUACGUGGAGAUCCUGAGGAACGACGUCGCCUCCACGCUCAACAACAACAGCUGCAGCAGCACAUCUGGGGACACUUACCCGGACUCCCGAUACGCCAACAUCCCAUCCGCAGGUUUUGACGGCUCUUAUAAGCCUCAGAAUAAAGCUGAGAACUUUUCUAAACCGUCUGCGCCUAGUUUCGCCACUUUCUCAGCCCCAACACAACCACAGCAGCAGCACACUUACCAGCAGGCCAGCCAAGGGAGCGAUGAUGACUGGGAUGAUGACUGGGAUGACAGCUCUACUGUUGCAGAUGAGCCAGGGAGUGUAGGAAGAAGUUAUCAUGACUUUGAAGGCAACGGGCCAUCCACUUACAGAGUGUCAACAGCCUCAAUGUCAAGAGGCAAUGCACAGCAAGCAAAGAGCUCUGCCACGGUCAGUAGAAACCUGAACAGGUUUUCAACCUUUGUGAAGUCAGGAGGAGAGGCGUUUGUGCUCGGAGAGGCUUCAGGCUUUGUGAAGGACGGGGAUAAGAUCUGUGUGGUGUUGGGUCAGUAUGGUCCUGAGUGGCAGGAGAACCCGUACCCGUUCGCUUGUACAAUUGACGACCCCACUAAACAGACCAAGUUCAAGGGCAUGAAAAGCUACAUCUCCUAUAAGCUGACACCCACCCACACACAGAACCAGGUGAACAGGAGGUAUAAGCACUUUGACUGGCUGUAUGCUCGGCUGGUGGAGAAAUUCCCCGUCAUCUCAGUGCCACACAUCCCGGAGAAGCAGGCCACAGGGCGCUUCGAGGAAGACUUCAUCUCCAAGAGGAGGAAAGGCCUCAUAUGGUGGAUGAACCACAUGACCAGUCACCCUGUCCUGGCCAGGUGUGAUGUCUUCCAGCACUUCCUCACCUGCAACAGUACAGACGAGAAGGCCUGGAAGCAGGGUAAGAGGAAGGCGGAGAAGGACGAGAUGGUUGGAGCCAACUUUUUCCUCACUAUCAGCCCCCCUGCGGCUCCGCUCGACUUCCAGGAGGUGGAGAGCAAAAUUGACGGAUUCAAGACUUUCACCAAAAGGAUGGACGACAGCGCCUUCCAGCUCAAUGCCACAGUCAAUGAGUUUGCCCGCAAGCAGAUCACUGGCUUUAAGAAGGAGUAUCAGAAAGUGGGGCUGUCAUUUAGGGUCCUCAGCCAAGCCUUUGAAAUGGACCAGCAGUCGUACUCUACUGGACUCAACCAGGCUAUCUCCUUCACUGGGGAGGCGUAUGAAGCCAUUGGAGAGUAUUUUGCUGAGCAGCCCAGAAAGGAUCUCGACCCGAUCAUGGAUUUGUUAGCUCUAUACCAAGGACACCUGGCAAACUACCCAGACAUCAUCCAUGUCCAGAAAGGAGCCCUGACAAAGGUGAAAGAGAGCCAGAAACAUGUAGAGGAGGGCAAGAUGGACCGGGCGCAGGCGGAGGGCAUCGACGAGCGCUGCAACAUUAUCUCCUGCGCCACGCUGGCUGAGAUCCAGCACUUCCACCAGAUCCGCGUGCGUGACUUCAAGGCACAGAUGCAGCACUACCUACAGCAACAAAUUGCCUUCUUCCAAAAAAUCACAGGCAAGCUAGAGGAGACUCUGCAGAAGUAUGACAACGCGUAAUUGACUGCUUGUCUGAGCCCGUCGGUUUAGUUCUUGGUGAUCACUGACACAUGCAACUCCCUCAUCCAGCGGAGUGACAUACUGGUGAAUGCUGUUCAACCAGCAGGGAGAGACAUCCAAGGAGAUGACGCUCCAGUAAUAAUGACUUUUCAACCAAAUCCAGGUUUCUGUGCGUGUUGGCCACAUUUCUGGGGACUGGAUGUUCUUGUUUAGAGAGGAUGUGUAAUUUAAUGAA